AUGUUCGGUGGUGAUACAUUGUCCCUGGUAGCUCGGAAUCUUGUUUGGUUGCGGCUGUGGUGGUGUACCACUGUAGUUCUGUAUGCAUCUUUAACCACUCAUCAUGAUACUUUGGGUCAUAAACAAAGAGCAGAAGAAGCUGCACAAGCCAGGACAGAGAAGAGGAGGAGAGUUGCAGAAAGGAAGAAAGAAGGCAAAGUGCGAGAGCAAAGAGAAGGAAAGAUUCGGAAACCAAAGCUGAAGAAGGAGAAUGCAACCACUGCUUCACGUUCUAAACUGAAGAAGAGACUCACAAAGAUUCACAAGAAGAAAACAAGUCUUGGUAAAAUCGCUAUUGGAAAGGACAGAGUAGUAUCGGUUGCUUCUAAACUGGAGAAGCUAGACUUGGAACUGAUAAGGAAAGAGAGAAGAAGAGGAGACGUCUCACUUGGUGAUCAGAUCCAAGCCGCCAAAAACCUGCGAGGAAAUGAUGUUUUAACAAGAUUUGGUCUUUUUGCCAUGGGAUCAAUGGAUUUUGAUUAA